AUGGAACUCAAACACGCUAUAAAGGCCCUCAUUCUUGCAAAUAUUCUAUCAGUAAGCCUCGCAACCUUCGGACAUGAGCAUGUGCAUAUAAGGAUACAUUUGCCGGAGAUAUUGGAGCACCACGAAAAGAAAGUCAUAAAAUAUGAAGAUCACGGUGGAGGCGGUCAUGGAGGCGGCGGUGGAGGUGGUGAUCAUCACAUAGAGGUCUCUGGCCCUGGGGGGGAUAUUGGAGGUGGUCACGGCGGAGGUUUCGGAGGAGGUCAUGGUGAUAGCUAUGGAGGAGGCGGUGGUUUCGGAGGCGCUUUCGGAGGGGGCUUCGGAGGAGGUCAUGGAGGAGGUGGCGGCGGUUUUGGAGGAGGUUUUGGAGGUGGUCAUGACGACGGAGGUGGGGAUGUCAUCAUAGAUCAUGGCGGUGGUCACGGAGGAGGAGACUAUGGGGGUGGCGGUGGUUUCGGAGGUGGCCACGGAGGAGGUUAUGGUGGAGGUGGCGGCGGGGGAGGCGGAGGCGGCGGUGGUAUCAUCAUAGACCACGGAGGCCAUGGCGGCGGCGGCGGUGGUUUUGGAGGUGGUCAUGGAGGUGGCGGCGGUUACGGUGGUGGAGGUGGCGGCGGCGUCGUCAGAGACGGUGGAGGACAUGGCGGCGGUGGCGGCGUUGGAGGAGGUGGUGGAUACGGAGGUGGACAUGGAGGUGGCUUCGGAGGUGGCCAUGGCGGUGGAUUUGGAGGAGGAGGUGGAUAUGGAGGCGGCGGCGGUUUUGGAGGUGGCCAUGGGGGCGGUGGACAUGGCGAUUUCGGGGGUGGACACGAUAUCGGCGGCGAUGAUCAUCAUAUUGGCUCCGGCGGUUAUGGCAAUAGUAUAUCUGAUUUUGGUAGCAGUGGUCAUGGCGGAAGUAGUUACAGUUCUGGUGGUGGCUUCGAUUCCUAUUCAAGCGGCCACGGCGGCGGCGGCGGCGGCGGCGGCGGUGGCGGUGGCGGUGGUUACGGUGGGGGCCAUAGUGGUGGUUUCUCCGGUUAUCACAAAAAGAAAUAA